UUUUCUCGCGGUGCGUCAUUGCUAUAAGGUUUGCCCAUGAGCCAUUGCUGUUCCUCUUUCUAGCCGACGCCUGAGAAUGGGUGUCUCAAGGGACAACUGCCAUAAACGCUGCAUGGCGGGUGGCAAACGCAAUCCCGUCCACAAGAAGCGGAAAUAUGAGCUCGGACGCCCUCCAGCAAAUACAACGGUAUCUCAAGGGACAACUGGCAUAAACGCCGCAAGACGGGUAGCAAACGCAAUCCCGUCCACAAGAAGCGGAAGUAUGAGCUCGGACGUCCUCCAGCAAAUACAAAGGUAUCUCAAGGGACAACUGGCAUAAACGCCGCAAGACAAGUGGUAAACGGAAUCCCGUCCACAAGAAGCGGAAGUAUGAGCUCGGACGCCCUCCAGCAAA